GUUUUUUUAAGGAAAAGAAAAUAGUAUAAAAAAAUUAAAAAUAUAAAAGGACCUUUUCUUCCUUCUUCAACGGCCUGGUUCCUCUUCUCUCUAACAGAGAAAGGGAUUCUAGGGUUUUUUGAGUUUUUCCUCAGAGCGAGUUUUGACGAAGGUAUUGUUUUUCCUUUUUUUUUUGGAAGAUUUUAUUGGGAAGGAUAUGGUUAGAAAAAGGGAGGUAGGGAUUCGUGGGCGGUCAAUUUGAGGGUGCAUUGUUUUGGUUAAGGGGAUAUGAUUGAUUUUUAUUAUUGGGUCAAAGUUUUCUUUUGCUUUUUUUCACUUUUUUUGUGGGUUUGGUGUAUGGUUUUGCUUCAUUGUUGAUACUAUUUUUUGGAAAAAAGCCGGAGAUGGGUUUGUGCGAGAAUAGGACCUUGGUUGAUGAACCUUUGCGUGAAGUUGCUGCUACAGAGCAACAUUCGUGCACAGAGUUGAUGGGAAACCUUGUGCCUCAGCAGCGGGAUUGCAUUGUGUUUGAUCCUAACGGGGAUUGUGCUGGUGAACCGAGUGAAGAUGAAAAUACUGAUUGUGAAAGGUCUAGGGAUAUUGAUUGCAGAGAUGGAAUAAAGGGUGAGUGCAAGAAUGUGGUUGGUUUUGGCUUGAAGGGAUUGAUGGGUGAUGAAUGUUGUGACAGCACAAUUUGUUUGAAAAAAAAUGAGUGUGAAAAUGUCUAUAGUUCUUGUUCAAAAGAAUUGAUGGGUGAUAAUAUUGUUUUCUCAGAAAAUAAUCAGGAUGUGGAUGAUUCUGACUUGAAGGAAUUGGUGGACAAUAGGUGCAAUGAUAGUGUGGUUUGUUUGGAAGAAAAUCGGGGUGAAAGUGUGGAUGGUUCUAGUUCAAAGGAAUUGAUGGGUGAAAGGAACAGGGAUAGUGCAGUUUUCUCAAAUGAACAUCUGGGUGAGAAUGUGGAUGGUUCUUUUUCAGAUGUCUUGAUGGGUGAUAGGUGUGGUGAUAGUACAGUUUGCUUGAAUGAGAAUCAGGGUGAGAAUGUGGAUGGUUCUUUUUCAGAUGUCUUGAUGGGUGAUAGGUGUGGUGAUAGUACAGUUUCCUCCAAUGAGGAUCAGGGUGAGAACGUAGAUUGUGCUGGCUCCAAGGAAUUGAUUAGUUAUAAGGAUGGUCAUAGCGUGGUAUGCUUGAAUGAAAAUCAGUCUGAGAAUGUGGAUGGUUCUGGUUCAAAGGAAAUGAUGGAUGAUAGGUGUGGUGACGGUGUGGUUUGUUUGAAUGAUAAUCAGGGUGAAAAUGUAGAUGGUUCUGGUCCAGAGGAAUUGAUUGGUGAUGGUGAUAGCACAGGUUAUUCAAAUGAAAAUCAGGAAAAUGUAGAUCGUUCUGGUUCAAAGGAAUGGAUGGGUGAUAGUAUCAGUGAUAAUGUGGUUUGUUUCAAUGAAAAUCAGGGUAAUGUUGAUGUUAAUGAUUCAGAAACUGAUCUGUUGUGCUUGAAAAACAGAGGAAUUUCAGGUGAAGAUGGUCCAACUGCUGUGGAUGGAUGUUAUCAGGAUGAAAAUACUGCUUGUUUGAGCAGUGGCAUGGAGAUUUCUAUAGAUCAGAUGAGAGGAAUUGAUGAAAAUGUGGUUGGUUGGAUGUUAAAAGAAUGCAUUGACAUUCAAGGUGGGGUUUGUUUGAUUGAGAAUCUGGGUAAAGUUGAUCAUCACAACUCAGAAAAUGAUACUUCACAGGACACUGAAAUGCCAUCAGAAUUGAAAACAGUGGCUACUUCACCUAGAAAUUGUGUUAAACAGGAUAAGGAGAAGGAUGAUGAGAGUGUCAGUGGUUCCACUCAGCAGGGGGCCAUGGAAGAUGGGGAAGAAAAGUGUGAAGAGGAAAAUGAUGUGCUUAAAAGGACGGGGGCUGAUGUUCCGAACCAAAUAUUGCCUUCGCAAAAGAGUGAAGUGCCUUUUGAGUUAAUAAGUGUAACAGGUGAUUUUGUGAGUAGUAGUGACUGGCAUAACCAGAAAGAUGAUCUGAGUAGUAGUGAUCUCUCAUUGGAAAGUUUUACUAAACCUGUGGAAACUAAACGUACGGAUGAUAUAUGCAUUGAGUUAUUGGCUUCAAAGGGUUGCUUGAGUACAUUGGAAACAUUACAUAGGGCUGAAUCAUUGGGCACCCAUCAGAAUGCACAAACUGACAAUAAGAAUGUUAAUGGUCAAUCAAAAAAUGGUGUUGCAGAGGUUUUUGAGAAGAGGGCUGCUGUAACUGCAGGUACAAAGGUUGAGACUCCCAGUGAAAUUAUAAAUGCAGAAGAAAAUGGCUGCAAUUCAAAAGGGGAUUCUUUUGAGCUAGGUGCAAACUGUCUUGGUGAUAGAUCAGAUUCUCUGUCAUGUCAGCUCUUUGAUGUUGUUGAAAAUGGCUUGUCUGAGAGGUUGGAUCCAGUAGAUAUUUUGGCAAAGGAUGCCUGUGCUGCGAUUAGUUCUAGCAGUUCAAUUGACUGUUCCAGACAAAGAGAAAAUGAAGGAAAGGAUGUUGUCAAGGUUGAUUGUGUUUCAGACACUAAGCAUCAUCCUGCCACAUCUUCCUCAUCUCGAAGAGGCAGCAGAAAAAGCAAAUCAAGCCGAAAGGCUCCGGCGAAAAGGAUUGCCAGGUACUGCAGGAAGACGAAGCUGGCAAACCCACAUGAAAGUAUUGAAUUUAUUUUCAGAGCUUCAAGGAAGAAGAGAAGCUGUUCAUCCAAACCAGCUCGUGCUUCUGACUGGGGAUUGUUGAGUAAUAUUACACAAUUUCUUGAGCAGUAUCAUGAGCCUGGGUGUAAUGAAGUGCCGAAUCAAGAACGGUCCAAAGCUGGGGGUGGCCGAGCAAGUGGGAAACGGAGCAAAAAUCGGGCUGGUAAAAGCAGAAAAGGGUCAAGUGGGAUAAGUAACACUUCAACCAAUUGCCUACGUUUGAAGAUCAAAGUGGGCAAGGAAGUUGCUUCAAUUAAUCUGAAUAGUGUGGUUACAGAAUCGGUUGAUCCAUCAGUUUCUGUUGAUACUUCUUUUAAUAAUCAUGGGAAAGAAACCAGUUUUCAAUGUCCAAAAUUAGUUAAUGUUGUUGAAGAUAAAGUAGGGAAACUGGAAAGUGAAAGGCAGUUGCAGUUUAAGGAGGACUUAGAAAAGGUGAAAACAUGCUCAGAUGCUUCUAUUAUGGAUCUAAAACUAGCACAUAAGGUUGUGGAGAGUGCUGAAAAUCUUGAAAAGUCUGCUGAAGAUGCUGCAGAUAAUUACCCUGUAAGUCUGUCUGAUGCGGUGGCUGAAGCAUCUGGGGAAGUUGUAGAGAACAAGUACAUUGAUCCUGGAACUUCACCAGAUUCCGAAGUAAUCAAUUUAGUUCCUGAUGCCCGAGUUGGUUCAAUACACCAAGAAGAGUCACAUAAUACUGUCUUGAAUACUUCUGGAGCGCUUGCUUCUGCUGGAGGUGUUAAGAGUAGUAAGAGUAGCAAGCGGGGAAAGAAGGAUAAUCAUAAAUCUCCUGGUGUAGCCAGUGCAAGGAAAUCUAAAUCAUCAAAGAAUUGCAGAGGCAAACAAAAAACAACAGUUAAUGGAUUUUGCUCUAGCGGAGCUCUUACUUCAUCCACUGGUGCAAAUUCUUCAAGAGAGAAUGGGCUUGGUGUCUCUGAAGAGGCUAUGAAAGUGGAAAUUGCUACGGAUGCUAAAGCAUGUUGCAGUCCUGAUAUUCCAGAUACAAAGAACACUAAGAAUUUGUCUUCCUCUAAACACAAGCGGAAUCAACCUUCCAAAAGCUCAAAAUCUCAGGGAGUGAGCAAGGGAAAGUCCAGAGUCUCUGAUUCAGCAAGGAGCAGGAAAGGAAAUGCUUGUAAGCAGAAAGGGGAUGAAUUGAAGUCAGUUAGUAAGACCAAAGUAAAGAAGAAAGGCUUUGACAAAGACAUUGUUGCCAGAGGAGGAAGGCACCCACUAACAGUUGAUAUUGCAGGAAAUCACAUUUCAGAUAAUAUUGAGAUCCCAAAUACCAGCAACAGUAUUGCAUUGGCAGACAUGAUUAAUGUUGACUUGGUAUCAGAUGGUACCAUGGAGCAGUGUACACAGCCUGAUAAUGCUUGGGUGCGUUGUGAUGAUUGUCAUAAGUGGCGGCGAAUACCAGUUGCACUUGUAAAGUCAAUUGAUGAAGCAUGCCGUUGGGUCUGUGGGGACAACGUGGAUAAAGCAUUUGCUGAUUGCUCAAUCCCUCAAGAGAAGUCCAAUGCAGAUAUUAAUGCAGACUUGGGCAUAUCAGAUGCUGAGGAAGAUGGUUGUGAUGGUUUAAAUUAUAAGGAACUGGAGAAGGGAUUUGAAAGUAAACAUAUGACCGUGCCACCAACAUCACAUUUUUGGCGUAUUGAUAGUAAUUGGUUUUUGCACCGUGGCCGUAAAACUCAAACCAUUGAUGAGAUAAUGGUUUGCCAUUGCAAACGACCUCCAGAUGGUAAGCUUGGUUGUGGGGAUGAAUGCCUGAAUCGAAUGCUGAACAUUGAAUGUGUCCAAGGCACCUGUCCAUGCGGGGACCUAUGUUCAAAUCAACAGUUCCAGAAACGCAAAUAUGCAAAAAUGAAAUGGGACAGAUUUGGUAGGAAAGGUUUUGGGCUGAGGACGCUUGAGGAUAUAUCUGCUAGCCAGUUCCUUAUUGAAUACGUUGGAGAGGUGCUUGAUAUGCAAGCUUAUGAGGCUCGGCAAAAGGAGUAUGCUUCUAGGGGUCAGAGGCAUUUCUAUUUCAUGACAUUGAAUGGCAGUGAGGUAAUAGAUGCAUAUGUCAAAGGAAAUUUGGGGCGCUUCAUUAAUCAUAGUUGUGAUCCCAAUUGUCGUACUGAAAAGUGGAUGGUGAAUGGAGAAAUUUGUAUUGGACUAUUUGCAUUGAGGGAUAUAAAACAGGGUGAAGAGGUGACAUUUGACUACAACUAUGUGAGGGUAUUUGGAGCUGCUGCUAAAAAAUGUCAUUGUGGUUCACCUCAUUGUCGUGGUUAUAUAGGUGGUGAUCUACUUAGUGCGGAAGAAAUUGUUCAUGAUGAUUCAGAUGAAGAAUCUCCUGAACCUAUGAUGCUUGAAGAUGGUGAAACUUGGAAUGGUUCUGACAAUAUAAUAUCUAGAUCUAGUUCCUUUGAUGGUGCAGAAAUGCAAUCUGUGGAGAGUGUAGUAACUGAUGGUGUAAUAAAGUUGGAGAAUAUGCCAGAAGCUGAGGACUCUGUGAACCGUUCUGCUUCUGUCACAUCUCAAUUGAAGAGUUCAGUUGAAACAGAAUAUUUGAACGGAAAUUUCCAAUUAUCCAUUCAGCCAGAAGAAGUUUUGCCAGCUAUGGCCGCUGUUCAGCCAGAUAGUACCACAGGAAAGAAGGCUUUGAACAAAACCUCAUGUUCCAUUCAGAAAUUAGAUACUUCUCUAAAUAUUUUGGACAACAAAUUACCUUCUGAUGUUGUUGAUGCUAAUAAGAAGUCAAAGUUUGAUACUGCAGAAGACAAACAGGUUCCUCCAAAAUCACGCCCCUUGAUGAAGACUUCUCGUUCAUCUAGCUCUAUUAAGAAAGGGAAAAUUAGUAGUAAUUCUCUGAAUGGAAAUAAGGUUCAGAUGACAUCCACCAAAUCUCAAGUGCCUUCUGUCAAGCCCAAAAGAUUGUCAGAAAAUUCUAGUAAUUGCCGUUUUGAAGCAGUGGAGGAGAAACUUAAUGAAUUGCUGGAUUGUGAUGGGGGGAUAACAAAACGAAAGGAUGCUUCGAAGGGCUACUUAAAGCUUCUGCUUCUCACAGCAACUUCUGGUGAUAGCGGCAAUGGUGAAACAAUUCAAAGCAAUCGAGAUCUUUCAAUGAUUCUUGAUGCACUUUUAAAAACAAAAUCACGACUUGUGCUGACUGAUAUAAUAAACAAGAAUGGUUUGCAGAUGCUACACAACAUUAUGAAGAAAUACAGAAGCGACUUCAAAAAGAUCCCGAUUCUUCGGAAGCUUCUAAAGGUUUUGGAGUAUUUAGCAAUGAGGGAGAUACUUACCCUGGACCAUAUUAUUGGAGGUCCUUCCUGUGCUGGAAGGCAGAGCUUUAGAGAGUCAAUACUGUCAUUGACAGAGCAUGAUGACAAACAGGUCCAUCAAAUAGCCCGAAACUUUCGAGAUAGAUGGAUUCCUAAACCUGUCAGAAAACUUAGCUACAGGGACAAGGACGAGGGCAAAAUGGAGUUUCACAGAGGUUUGGACUGUAACAGGGUGCCAGCAUCAAACAAUCACUGGCGUGAGCAGGCCAUAAGACCUACUGAAGCAAUUAGUUGUGUUAUGCAAUCAGUGGUUGCAACAACUUCAGUGGAUACUGCAUCCCGUGAAGGAUGUUCCUCAUCAUCUACUGGUGUUUGCCAAACAAAUAGUACCAAAAUUCGCAAGCGUAAAAGCCGCUGGGAUCAGCCAGCAGAGACGGAGAAAAUUGGCUCACGGUCACCAAAGAAACUUCAAUAUAGUUCAUUACCUGUUUUAGUUGAAUCAACACCAGAUCACAUAGACAAGAUGAGCCAAGGGGAUAAAGAAUGCCGUGACUGUGUUUGCAAGGGUGAAGCUAUUAAUGUUGACAAUGGAAGACACAGUUUUCAGGAGGAUGUUCCACCAGGGUUCUCAUCUCCUCCCAAUGCAUCCUUGGUUUCAUCUACUGCUCCAUCAACUGCUAUCGAAUUCCCUAAACCGUAUCAGCUGAAGUGUCCUGAUGUGAUUAUUGCUCUUCCACAGAAGAGAUUCAUCUCCCGCUUGCCCGUCUCCUAUGGAAUUCCAUUGCCCAUUUUGCAGCAGUUUGGAUCACCACAGGGUGAAUGUGUAGAGAGUUGGAUAAUUGCCCCAGGCAUGCCUUUCCAUCCUUUUCCACCUUUACCUCCAUGUCCCCGUGAUAAGAAAGACACUCGACCUGCUUGCACUGCUAAUUCCAUUGGAAUUGAUGAAGAUGCAGAAGAAGGGCAACGGGACAGCAAUCGACCUGCCACUAGUUAUCCUGAUGAAAACAUUCCUUGCAUGGCUGGUGGUAACCAACCUGAUCCAGACAUUCCAGGUACUAACAUCCAACAGGCAUUUAAAAGAAUGAGGGAAUCUUAUGAUUUGGGUAAGAAGUACUUCAGACAGCAGAAACGGAAAGGGCCUCCGUGGCAUAAGUCUGAAUGCAUGGGAAAUAACCAGAUAGGUGGGACAUGCUGCAUAGAUGUAGGAAAUGUAAAAAAUGAGCUCAGAAAUUCUUAUUUUUCAGAUGAUAUAACCUGUAGAGUUGAAAAAGGUGGUAAUGAUUUUUAUCAGCAACCUCAGCACCCAAAUCAACAAUGAUUUAUAGGAAUUCUUUCUGAGAAGUACUGAAUUUUCUUUCAUACUUAAUGUAUUCUCUUCAAUUCUUUAUUUCCUGGGUUUAAUUUCCAGUGAAAAUUUGUAAUUUUAUACAAUUUUCGACUUGAAGUAAUUAAUCUCAGGUUCUUUUUGAGAACUGGUAUUUGCCUUGUUGGU